GUUUUUAUUCACACGCUCUUCACAGUUAACUAACUAGUUGAUCAUUUUGCCUGUAUUAAAUGUAAAUAUUACUUUAGUGUAAAUUAACUUCAACCUCACACCAACUGGACUGUUUUGGAGCCACUUCUGUUGGAUUACAGUCAAGAUGUUUUGACCGCAGUAGGCUACUGAGUACCAGUUUGUUUGUGGGUGAAACAAGCGGAAUUUAUCAUGCUUGGCUGGGUGCCAAGUGGAGGCGCGACAUAUUGGUCAGGUCACCGAGGAUACCUACUAAUAGUGAAGAAAUAAUUAACUCUUUUAAUAGUUCUUAUCUUUAUUCUUAAAAUGCAGCUUUGCCUGCUGCUCUGUUGUGUUAGAUUGAGUCCUCUGGAGUCGCUCGCCGCUCCCCGGAUAAUAAUCUCCACACUGCGCGAUUAAAACCCUCGCUGCUUUUGCCUCAUUCGGGUCGCUUCAGACUGAAACGUGGGGUCUGUAAGCAUGGCAGGCAUUCCCAAAUCUUUUGCUCAUGUGCUCACAGGCUUUCUAAUAACAGUAAUCUCAGGAUUAAGAGCCAGCUCUCUGCAACAGGUUUUCGUCAAGGAUAUUGUAGCUGUUUACGGAGAAAACGGCUCACUGGAUCUCAAUAGCAUUAACAGUUUAUUGGACACAAUUGUGCAUGACAAAUUGGAUCCGAACAUUCCUCUGCAUGCUCAGUGUGUGUCUGGUGUAGAUAUUCUGGGGCACUAUGGACUUCAGAAUUUAUCUCAUCUGACAGAGGAACAUCUGGUUACGGUCUGCCCGGCUCUUCUCAACCAAGCUGUGCUGCCACCCUGUUCAAAUGAACCUCCGGGGCACAAUGAACCUAAUGCUCGUGUAUGGGGAUUUGGCUUCUUGGCUGUUACCAUCAUUAAUCUGGCCUCACUGCUGGGUUUGACUCUCAUUCCUGUAACUAAAAAGCCCUACUUCCCCAAAGUGCUCACCUACUUCAUUGGUCUAGCUGUUGGCACUCUCUUCUCCAAUGCUGCUCUCCAACUUAUACCUGAGGCCUUCGGGUUUGACCCAAAUUCGGACGGUUACGUUUCCAAAGCUGUUGGGAUCUUUGGUGGAUUCUACGCGCUGUACGUCACAGAAAAAAUCCUCAGGAUAGUCCUGAAACCAGACCAUAAGCAUGGCCACGGUCACAGUCACUUUCAGCCCCCAGAGAGCGUCCAGCAGAACGGCGUCAUCAAUACGGUGGACUCUGAAUUCAACUUUAACAGUGGCGACAAAGCCAGCAUAACCUCAGACCUUCCAGCGGAGCAGGGGUCUUGCAGAUGGCUCAGAGGAAGACGGCUGGCCAGUGUGAAGACAGUGGCAUGGAUGAUUUCCCUCAGCGAUGCUCUACACAACUUCAUUGACGGACUGGCCAUCGGCGCCUCGUUCACCGUGUCUAUUCUCAGCGGCUUUAGCACUUCUAUCGCUAUCGUCUGUGAGGAAUUCCCUCAUGAGCUGGGCGACUUCAUUAUCCUGCUGAACGCAGGGUUGAGCGUUCCACAGGCCAUCUUCUUUAACCUGCUGUCUGCUAUGUCCUGCUAUGUGGGCCUGGUCCUGGGUAUCUUGUUGGGUAGCGCUUUUGCCCCCAGUAUCAUCUUUGCCUUCGCUGGUGGCAUGUUUCUUUACAUCUCCUUGGCUGAUAUGCUGCCUGAAAUGAACAUGAUUGCCAGCGAACAAGCGAAGAGCACGAGGGCCGAUGUCAUUUUUUUUGCCAUCCAGAAUGCAGGAAUCCUGACAGGAUUUGCCCUGAUUCUUCUCAUCACAUUGUAUGGUGGGAACAUUAACUUGGGCUGAGCCCUCGCUUCAUACCGCCCUUAAUUUCUGUGCCUUUUCCAGAUCCUAUUCUCAUUUAAACUAUUUAUUUGAGAAGAUACUACUUUAUACUAUUUUUAAAUCAUUUAUACCGUGGAAACUUGAAAAUCGUUAGGUGUAAAAUAAUUAGAUGAUUUGCUGAUUAUUCUCAACAUGUAUAAUUCUAGUCGUUUUUAUAUUGUUGUAAAUACCUGACUGACUUACUAAUCAUGUUUUGUAGAAAAGAAAGCACACGGAGUGAUUUACAGAUCACAUUUGGUGCUAUAUGAAUGAUGAUACUUUGUACAAUAGGAACUUCAAAAAUCAUGCAAAAUAAAAAAGGACAGACCACUGUAUUAAAAAGUCCAAAUUUAUGUCUUUUUUCCAUUGGACACAUCCAUCUGUUAUACAGCUGAUGAUAUAUCUAUACAUUUAGUUAUUUAAUAUUCAUUAAACACAAUGUACACUUAAAAGCAUCUUUAAAACAGUACAGUCAGUGCAAUAUCUUUACAGAUCAAAUUAAAAACAUAUUCUCUCCAAAAAUAUACAUCUAUAUA